UAGAUAACAAAUACUUUACUUAGUGAGAAAUCAAAGAAUCAGAGUAAUAAUGCCAAAAAGGAGAGAAAAUCAUAUUGUUAUGCUAACAAAAAGAUUGCACUUCAGUAUUUAUAAGUACUAUUACGCGUUACGUAAUAAUGUCUUCUCUCUAGAAACUGUUCAACUCUUGUAUCUGUGUAUUUCGUGUGAGGUAAGGAGGACACUUGUUUGUCGAUAAACUUUGAUCAGUUUUCAUUCUUUUAUCGAAAUGUAAUGUGAAUGAUCUGAGAAUAUAAGUUAGAUUCCAAAAUUUUGGUCGUGAUCUAUUGCAAUAUUUUUCUGAUUCUAGCUGCUAUUGCUUUUUCUUUUUGGUACUGCUAUUGCUGCUUGUUUGUGUUUGUUGGUAUUUAAGAUGAUUUAGAGAAUUUGGUUAUUUGAUUACAUAGUUCUUGAGUGUUUUUAUUGAUACUUGUCGAUUGAUUAUUCAAUAUGUUUAUGCAUAAUUCAGCACUUGCCAGUUUGAAGUUAUGGUUGGAGAUAAACCAACUACACGUGAUGCACUUGACUAUCUAAAGAUUGUGAAGAAAACAUAUCAAGAUAAACUUGAAGUAUACAUGUCCUUUCUUGAGGUGAUGAAGGACUUCAAAGCUCAGAGAACGGAUACGUGUGGUGUCAUAUUAAGAGUAAAGGAACUUUUAAAGGGGGAAAAAGAACUGCUUUUGGGGUUUAAUAUAUUUUUGCCAAAAGGUUUUGAGAUAACCAUUGAAGGUGACCAAACUCUACCAGAUGUUGACUUUGACAAGGCAAUUAGUUAUAUGAAGAAGAUUAAGACAAGGUUUCAGGGGAAUAAAAUGCAUGCGUACAUCUCUUUUUUGGAUAUUUUGAACAUGUACAAGAAGGAGAAGAAAAGCAUAGUUGAAAUUUACGAUGAGGUGGCUGUUCUUUUCCGGGACCAUCAAGAUUUGCUCGCGGAAUUUGGGCACUUUCUCCCUCGUUAUAGAUGAAAGAUGAUAUUAUAGAGAAUGAUGAUUCAUGUAUGCAAUGAAGCCAUGUCGUAGUUCGAGCCAUCCUAUCUCCUAUCUGCUUUCCAUCUUGUUGACUCUAUAUGCAAUUAUUAUAGGAAUCACUACACCAAAACUUCCAAGAUUUGUCAUGUCCGAGUUUUGUCAUCUGCAAUUCAAUCAUCAUUGAUGAAUUUUAAUUUCAUGCAAACUAAUUGUGAACCAUCACUAUAGGAACCAUCAUCAUUAGGUUGGAUUUUUCAAUUACAAGAAGGAUUUAGUCUCCACAAGUCACCGAGAAAUCUCACUGGCUAAUAUCGAACUCUAUAGUAUGAUAUGGGUGCUCAUGUGCCUAAAAUAUAUCAUUGGUUUUGUAAUUCAUUUAUCACUGAUUCACAUGAGUUAGUAGCUAGCAGGUUAGAUUACUAAUAAAAGCUUCUCUUUCCGUGCACAUGUUGAAAGAUGUACUUGGUACUAUUAAUUUUAUGUAAUAGGUAGGGUUAACAAAUAAGUUCGUUAUAUAAAUCCUAAUCCGUUUAAAUAGUUAAUUUUCUUGAUCACAAAUUCACAAUAUUUAAAAAGAUUGAUAUAGCCAUUUUUAAUUUAAUUUUCCUUUUAAUAUUUUUACCAAUAUGUAUCCCAUAAAACAACCUAUAACCCUAUAUAUCCUCUUGGAAAUUAUUGUCUUGUAUCUAGGGUAUUUCGAGCUGCCCCUCUACACCUGCACACAGUACGAUCUUUUUUUUUUGUUCACACAGUACGAUCUUAAUUUCUCUCUUUAUACUAUAUCCAGUGUGUGUCAAAUAAGGUUAUUCGAUUAAAUUUUCUGGUUAAUCACUUUGAACACCUUGUUAAUUUUUCUACAAUUGUUCUUUAGUUCUAGUUUCCCUACUUUUUGUUCUAGUUGGGAUGAUUUUAAGUUUGAUUCUUUGAUGUGUUAAAAAAAAAGUUUGAUUCUUUGAAUAUAUAUAGAUUUUUAAUUUCUUUCUCGGAGCUUGCAUGAUUGAUAUAUGUUUUCCAGUACUUUUCCAGUGUUGUAAAAAUAAUGAUAUCCCAAUGUUGGACAACAUCGUAUGAUCUAUUGUUGCUGCUAAAGCUGUUGUAUCUUUUGUUUCUCUCUUCUCUGGGCAAUAAUGAAGACUCUUUUUCUCGAAAGAUGGUUACACCAAAGCUAACGUAUGCACUUGCCUUGCGUACAUCAAGACUGUGAAGGAUAAAUUCAAAGAUACACGUCAAAAAUUUGAUGAGUUUCUUGAAGUCAUUGCAGAUUUCAGAGCUGAGAAGUAUAGCUUCUUGUUCCUUGUGAAUGCUAGAUUGUGCACCUUAUUUAGUUCAAUCUCCGUCUACACAAUUACUCUUUAUGAUAUCUGAUAGUAUAUAUUUUAUGGUAGAAUUGAUACUUACGGUGUCAUAUUAAAAGUGAAAGAACUCUUCAAGGACCAACAAGAGCUGCUUUUAGGUUUCGAUUCAUUCUUGCCAUAAAAUAACCAUCGGGGUUGACCAAACUCCACCAAAAGAGCCAGUCACGUUCGAGGAAGCUGUUAUUUUUGUCAGAAAUGUCAAGGUAGAGAUUUUAAUAUGGUGUAACUAAGCCAAGCUAUAAUUAAUAUUCUCUUUUUCCUAUUUGCUACUUGCAUCUAAAGUAUCAUUUUUGCUUUUUCUGCAGGCAAGGUUUCAGGAUAAUGAUCGACCAUACAGAUCUUUUUUAGACAGUUUGAAUAUGUACAGGAAUAACAACAGGUCCCGUACUGAGGUCCUAGAGGAGGUAUGUUUGUAGUUUUUCUUUGUUUUUGUUACCCUUCUUGUCUUAGUUUGAUAUUUUUAUCUUGCGGGAC